AUGUCGGCGGCAGCGCAACCAUCCCCCUUACCGCGCACCCCCUCGACCCGACGUCAGCAGCAACCUCCUCCUCAGAGCUACAACUCCCCCGACCGCGACGCGCGACCACACCGCACCCAGAGCGCCACUUCCCGCUCGAACAAUGCUGCACCCAGCUCACCGCGCCGCUCAAUGUCGUCCUCACAGCAAGGUGCACCUCCACCGCCCUCCAGCGCAUCACACAGUCGCACUCCCUCGAGCAACCUGCAGAAUGUAGCGCAGCGCGACUUUGAGCAGUCCAACGUUGCCCGGCCGGCUAGCACGCGACGUAGCGAGUCGCAUGACCGACCGGUCAAUGGAUCGCGGAGAGAGAACGAUGCUCGAGGGCAUGCGCGCACGCAUUCGAGGUACUCGGAGCAGCCGACUCCUGCAUCCACCAUUAGUUCCGCAGAUCAGAGCAGUAGACCACCUGCGCCACCUACAAAUGUCCGAAGACGCAAGUCGAUUGACGCGACAACAGGACAUUGGGAGCUUGGUAAGACCAUCGGUGCAGGCAGUAUGGGCAAAGUGAAGCUCGCCCGUAAUAAGGAGACGGGCGAGCAUGUAGCGGUCAAGAUCGUGCCGCGUCAGAGCACCGACGGCGAGCACCGUACGAUCGCUGAGCGAGAACGAGCAGAUCAUUCGAAGGAGAUCCGGACGGCGCGAGAGGCAGCCAUUGUCACCCUCGUCGACCACCCGUACAUCUGCGGCAUGCGGGAUGUCGUGCGCACAAACUACCAUUGGUACAUGCUGUUCGAGUACGUCAACGGCGGACAGAUGCUCGACUACAUCAUCAGCCACGGCCGUCUUAAGGAGAAGCAAGCGCGCAAGUUCGGGCGGCAGAUUGCGAGCUCGCUCGACUACUGCCAUCGGAACUCGAUCGUCCACCGCGAUCUGAAGAUUGAGAACAUCCUGAUCAGUAAGAAUGGCGAUAUCAAGAUCAUCGACUUCGGCUUGUCGAAUCUGUUCAGCCCGAGGAACUAUCUCAAGACAUUCUGUGGGUCGUUGUAUUUCGCUGCGCCGGAGCUGUUACAGGCGAAGCAGUAUACAGGCCCUGAAGUUGACGUCUGGAGCUUCGGAAUUGUGUUGUAUGUGCUGGUAUGCGGCAAGGUGCCGUUCGAUGACCAGAGCAUGCCACAGCUGCAUGCGAAGAUCAAGAAGGGCUUUGUUGAGUACCCGCCGUGGCUUAGUCCUGAAUGCCGGAACCUCAUAGCACGAAUGCUCACCACGAACCCCAGCGAGCGAGCGACACUGCAGGACAUUAUGAACCAUCCGUGGAUGACUAAGGGUUUCAACGGUCCGCCAGACAAUUACCUCCCCUCUCGCAAGCCGGUUCAGCUUCCACUUGAUCCAGCUAUAAUCGACAAGAUGACGGGCUUUGAUUUCGGAGCUGCCGAUGUCAUUACAGCACAGCUCACCAAGAUUAUCGAGUCGGAAGACUACCAGCGCGCCAUUCGGAAUCUCGAGAAGAGAAAUGUCCUGCAAACGCCAGAGGUUGAGAAGAAACGAGGCGUCUUUGACUUUUACAAGAGACGCAACUCGAUCAAUAGCCGGGAUACGUUGAACACACCAUCCAGUGAAGCGGUGCAGCUGGGCCAGGAUCCGGUCAACGCCUUCCAUCCUCUCAUCUCCAUCUACUAUCUUGCGCAGGAGAAGCAGGAGCGUGAAGCAAGAGAGAAGAAUCCAGGUGCUCUGGCGAUGCCACAGGAUCCGAACGAGAAGCUGACGAAACUGCCUGACCUACCUGCUGCGCCUGAAGCAGCCUACACGAACGCCCACACAGCUGAGAUGGCUGGUGAGAAGCCGACUGGUGGCCGCUCGAGGCCUAGAGCCAGGACCCACGGCGAAGACGAGGUGCAGCAGGGACUGCAGAAUUUGAACGUCAAUAAUGCACCGAACCCCACGAUUGUAGAGCCGGAGCAGCCGGCAUCGUUACCCGCGAGGAAGGAGAGCGCGGCGGCAGGCCUUUUGCGGAGGCUUAGUACGCGGAGGCACAAGGAACCGCCGGAGCGACUGGAGCGGGAGAAGGAGAGGAGCGAGAAGGUCAGUCAUCCGCCUUCGUCGCUCGCGGCAUAUGGUAGCUCGGACACUCCUAGGAAGAGUUUCUCCGUGCGGCGAACAAGAGAUAGGGAUGGUCCUAGCACCAGGGAGAGGGAGUCCAGUGCCACGAGACCAGAGAGCUCACAGGGCGCUAAGGGCGAGAUGUUGUCUCCUCAGCCGGCUGGCGGUGAUGGCUCGGGCGAGAAGAAGCGUACCCAUGGCCUUGGACGGAGUGUCAGCGUCAACUCGAGCGAUAUCCGCCGACGCUUGACCCGUAGAGGUGCCUCGGAGGGUGCGUCAAUGCGUCCGCCCAUGACGAGCAGCAGCACGCAGUCCUACGGGGCAACAACGGCGCCAGAGCAGGUUCGGAGGGAGGACCCAGCGUCCGAUGUAGAGAGUCGUCGGCCCCAAACUACUGGCUUCGCGAACCGCGCUCGUUCGAUGGGCCACAACAGACGAGAGAGCAUGCAAGCUCGCCGCGCCCAGCGCAACGCCGGUCGCCAGUCCGACGUACCCGAAGAAACGGACGCAGACAUCGCCGAAGAGAUCGACGGCCCAGGCGCCAGCGGAGGAAGUGCGAGUCCCACCGGCAUGAAGCCCGUGUACCUCAAAGGCCUCUUCAGCGUCUCCACGACCAGCAGUCGACCCCUCCCCGUCAUCCGAGCAGACAUCAUCCGCGUCCUCAAACAAUUAGGUGUCGAAUACCGCGAGAUCCGCGGCGGCUUCAGCUGCAAGCACUCCCCGAGUAUCGUAGGCGGAGACGAGAACAGCAACCCCCAAGCCACUUCGCCUCCAACAGCGUAUAGUGGACACCAGAGGAAAAUCUCAUUCGGCCGCCUGCAACGCAACACUGAUCGUGACGAGUUCCGCGCUCAACAGCGUGCAGUCCCCAAAAUGCCCAGCAUGACCUCCGAAGACGACGGCGGCCUCCCCUCCGACCCGGACGAACGCAGCGAGUACGAACCCGCUCGUUACGAAUCGCGCGGUGAGCGCGACAUCAACGCCCUCACCCCGCGCCCAACACAGUCCCGCCCGGCCGGCGAGACGAGCACGCACGUCCAAAGCGACAUGGGCAGCGGGAUGGCGCUGCGGUUCGAGAUUCUGUUGGUGAAAGUGCCGUUGUUGAGUCUGCACGGGGUGCAGUUCAAGAAGGUGGACGGGGGGACGUGGCAGUAUAAGAAUAUGGCGCAGAUGAUUUUGGGGGAGUUGCGACUUUAG